AUGAAAGGUGGUUACGGAGGGAAAAUUGCUGGAAAUGGUGAAGGUAGCGAUGGUUAUUUUGGUAUGGGUGCUACUAUUUCCUCUCCAGGCCGUGGAGGGAAGUAUCCUGGUAACCAAAACCCAUAUUAUCCUAGUUGUGAUGCCGAGAGUGGCACUUUUUUGAAAGGUGGCAAUGCCUGUUCAACAGCCACAGUAGCGUCUGGUGGUGGUGGAAGCGGAUAUUAUGGCGGAGGUGGUGGUGCUGAUCAGGCAGCUGGUGGGGGAGGUAGUAGCUUUGCUAGCAACUUCCUCAAGAAUGUAAUAUUUAAAAAUGGAAAUGAAGAAUUCAUCCAGCCAGACGGGAGCACUAAAAUUGGGCACUCUGGAGAUGGAUUUGUUUCUAUAGAAAAAUUAUCUGCUCUAACUAUUCAAUGCAAUUAUAAUAAUUAUAGCUUGUUGUCUGUUAUCAACAUGUUUUCUUUAAUUUUUAUAUCUAGUGAAUAA